UGGGCCGGGAGAGGGCGGAGGGGGGCCGAAAGCUACCCAAGGUGGAGACAGAAGAGAGAGCGCACGACCACCCUCCUGACCCGGUCUGUCUGUCCGCGGUGACUCUAGAAACUAGAAUGAACCGAAGCAUUCCUGUGGAGGUUGAUGAAUCAGAACCAUACCCAAGUCAGUUGCUGAAAGCAAUCCCAGAAUAUUCCCUGGAAGAGGACUCAGAACCACCUGCUCCAAAUCUAAGGAACAUGGCACCCACCAGCUUGUCUGCACUCCAAACCCCUCAUUAUUCCUCGGGAGGCUUUACUCAGGCUCACCCACUCCUGAAACUUGCAAAUCACCAACGGCCUUUGUCCCAGCAGGCCACCUGCCUGCGAAAUAAAGUCCUGGAGGAGAGUGAAGACAGCUUCUGUAGGAGACACCCAGACCCAGGCAAAGAUUUUCACUUGGGCCCCUCUGAGGCCAGUGAGCCUGAACCUGAGUCUGUGGUUGGAGUCCUCCUUCCAGAGCAUCAGUUUUUAUUUGUGGAAAAACGUAACCAACAGCUGGGAUCUCAGCUUUCAGCAGCUUCUCCUGACACUGGCCAUGACUCAGACAAAUCAGACCAGAGUUCGCCUAAUGCCUCAGCAGACUCCUCAGGCAGUAGCCAAGAGAUGUUGCAAAGGCCUCAGCCCCACAGGAACCCAGGAGCCCCAGAUCUGCCUACUAUAGACACCGGGUAUGACUCUCAGCCCCAGGAUGUCCUGGGCAUCAGGCAGCUGGAAAGACCCCUGCCCCUCACCUCCGUGUGUUACCUCCAGGACCUCCCCAGACCUCUCAGGUCCAGAGAGUUUCAUCAGUUUGAACCUCAGAGGUACCCAGCAUGUGCACAGAUGCUGCCUCCCAACCCUUCCCCACACGCUCAGUGGAACUAUCAUUACCAUUGUCCUGGAGGUCCUGACCACCAGGUGCCAUAUGGCCAUGACUACCCUCGAGCAGCCUACCAGCAAGUGAUCCAGCCCGCUCUACCUGGGCAUCCCCUACCUGGAGCCAGUGUGAGAGGCCUUCACCCUGUGCAGAAGGUUAUCUUGAAUUAUCCCAGCCCUCGGGACCAAGAAGAGAGGCCAGCACAAAGAGACUACUUCUCUCCAGGGCCUCCGAGGUAUCAGGACCAGCUGUAUAACCAGAUACCUAAUAGAGCUGGAGCUUUUGAGGAGUCCUUGGAGUGUCCUGCAGAUUUGAGACCACAGGGUCCCCAGGCUCUAUCCCCAGCAGCUAUCCCUAGACCUCCUAGUAACUCUCCAGCCAGAGGAACUCUGAAAACAAGCAAUUUGCCAGAAGAAUUGAGGAAAGUCUUUAUUACGUAUUCCUUGGACACAGCCAUGGAGGUGGUGAAAUUUGUGAACUUUUUGUUGGUAAAUGGCUUUCAAACUGCAAUUGACAUAUUUGAGGAUAGAAUCCGUGGCAUUGAUAUCAUUAAAUGGAUGGAGCGCUACCUUAGGGAUAAGACAGUGAUGAUAAUCAUAGCAAUCAGCCCCAAAUACAAACAGGAUGUGGAAGGCGCUGAGUCGCAGCUGGACGACAAUGAACAUGGCUUACAUACUAAGUACAUUCAUCGAAUGAUGCAGAUUGAGUUCAUAAAACAAGGAAGCAUGAAUUUCAGAUUCAUCCCUGUGCUCUUUCCAAAUGCUAAGAAGGAACAUGUGCCCACCUGGCUUCAGAACACUCACGUCUACAGCUGGCCCAAGAAUAAGAAAAACAUCCUGCUGCGGCUGCUGAGAGAAGAAGAGUAUGUGGCUCCUCCUCGGGGGCCUCUGCCCACCCUUCAGGUGGUACCCUUGUGACACUUCCAUCCCCAGAUCACUGGGGCCCUGGUCUGACAAGUGUUCUUCUAGCUGAGGCUGGUUGGUAGCAGUCAUGGCUGUUUGUUUCUCAGUCCCUCCGUGAGGGGGACUUCAACCUCCAAAAACCUGUUGUACAAAGUACUCUUUCUCCUGAGACUUCUACAGAGCCUGUCUUUGAAGUGGAGGUGGUGGCUGCCUUGCACUCCCUGCCUCUUAGACCCACUUCAGGAGCAGAUAUCCAACUUGUUCCUCCUAACAGUCUGUAGUGUCCAUUCCAGGCCUCGCCAUGCUUAGGAAAUAGAUAAUGUAAAUGAUGUUGCAAUAAAUGUAAAGGACCACGAACACUCUCCUAUCACUUAAGGCUAUUUUUAUGAGCUACCCAGAUACUUGCGUGUCCUCAGGCCAAACCGAUUUGUGUAUAAAUAAAAUGUUUACUUUUUGUAAGACUGUGUUUCAGUUAUCUCAAAGGAGAUAGAUAUUAAUUUAUAAUGAUAUGGGCAGUUACUUCCAGAGACAUUAACAAAGCUGCUUACAGGUAAUAGUAGAUAAAUGUAACAGACUACUAUAUAUUAAAAGAUUAAAGCCAGAUAGUUAAACAACCCCUUUUAACAUAAUCUCAAAAACUUUAUUCUUACAGUAGAGCUCUUUAACAAAACAGUUUCAUACAGCCCACAACCAUGAUUCUGAAUAGUAUGAUCAUAGUUCUUAGGGUCCGAGUGUACAUGUAAAAACAUCUGUGUGUACACAUGAAGUGACAGAGGGUGUAUAAUGCAGGCUAGAAAUGUGGUUUGGGAGAUCUGUGUUCUAGUUUUGGUUCUACUACUAACUAGCUGUGUGACCUUCAGCAAAUCCUUCCAUUUUGUGACUCAGGUACUCAUUUAUAAAAUGACACAGACAAAAGUGUCUCCAACGACCCUAAAAGGUUUAAGGUUGUAGGACCUAAAUUCUAAAUACUUUUUUCAGGAUUGUUGAGUUUUCAUUUUCACAAUGAUAUCUCCAGGAGAUAAAAUUACAUUGUUCUUAACAGGGACAUUUUGUUCCUUAAAAAAAAAAAAAAAACUUCAACAACUCCCUCUGAUUAAUAAUUUUGGAAACUAUAUUUAUAUAUCUAUCUUGCUCAUCUGAUUUCCAAUGGCCUUUGUUCCUGUCAUUCUUUCUCAUUUUCAUAAUUAUAUCUCCAGGAGAUAAAAUUACAUUGUUCUUAAGAGGGACAUUUUAUUCUUUAAAAAAUAUAUAUCUUCAAUAACUCCCUCAGAUUAAUAAUUCUGGAAAAUAUAUAUAUCUAUUUUGCUCAUCUUUUAUUUUGCUCAUCUGAUACCCACAUCCAUAUAUAAAAUAGGUACAUAUGUAUACAAAAUAUACACAAGCCAUAGAGCAAAGUGGGAUAAUUUUAAUUAAAGCUCAAGAUGGUAGGCCAAUACGAAGACUUUUUGAAAGCUACUGCUUCCCCUUAUCUGUCCACCUAACUAAUCUUUUAAACAAGGCUCAACUGCGCUGGGAGAUAGUUCAAUCCUAUAUGCCACUAUAGGCAAAAGGCAAAUACUUACGAGCUAUAGAUAAGAAACUUUGUUAAUAAUUAUAAAGAACACUAGUUUCAUUUACCUCAUAGCCUAGAUGUCUACUGGGUGAGGUGAAUGUCUUUGUUUUUAAAAAACAGGGAAAGACGAGACAAGCUAGCACACCUUAAGUAGUCAUUUAUGAGACUCUAUGACAAGUGCCUUUAUCUCUGUAGUACUGAGACCUGGUAGAACUGACUUUCUUGUUUGGUUAACUUGAAAUGCCUGGAAAACACCCUAACCACAAAUUUCAAGUCUUUUUUCUUUCUUUGUAUUAUUUUUUAGAUCUGAGAUGAUACCAUCAUUAAGGAUUCAACACACACUUGUAAAUAAAAUGACAUCAGCAAUUAUGACUCAAAAAUGUUUCUGGUUUGCAAAGGUUUAAAAAUGUGAUGUUAUCACCUCCUC